CUCAUAAUGGCUUUCUCCACCUCCAUACCAGUUAUAUUUCUCAUCUUAACCAUCGCCUGUUGCUCUUCAGUUUCUGGAGACUUGAGAGCUGAUCUCAAGGAUUUCGUAGCUUUAGUUCCCCGUCGAAGAAUUGGUUAUAUUGCCGCCAGAUACUAUAUCUUCGAUGCCAAGUUCCGACAGGCCGUGGAGUUUAUUCGUAGCGAGGAGUUUAUAAGAACUUGGCAGCAAAUUCGUGCCGCUCCCGAUGUUGUGAAUGUCAUUAACUAUCUGACCGAUAAUGGUUCGGGUUAUGAUAUUACUACUCUAGUAGAUAGUUUGCCGAAUCGACUUCGUGCCUAUCAGCUGUCGCGCACUGUACCUGUGGAACUAAUGCUGAGGCGUGACUUGACCACUUUCCUGUGGGAUGUCCUUCAGAGUUUACCAAGGACCAGAAUCUAUUCUUUGAUAGCUCUGAAAAAUCGACAGAGUGGUGAAUUUUCUAAGCUGUAUAAAGCUCUUAGGAACAAGGAAUUUAAGGAGUUGGUACAGCGAGCCAGGCGUUCUGGCCAACUGCAAGCUCCUCUGAAAAAGUUAAGCCAAAAGAGUAUCAACGUGGAUGAACUGAUUCAAAUCGUUUUUGAGAUUAUCAGUUGGGGUCCUCAGACUUAAAAAAUUAUAUAGAUCAACUUAUUUUCUUAAAAAUAA